ACACAGGGAACUAUGAUAACUCUUCUUCACAAGGGAAGUGUAGCUUCCAAGAAGAAGAGAACAGGAAUUUUGGGUUAGCUAUUUGGACAGCAAGCUGUUCAGAUGACACUUGAAGAAUUAAAAUCGUGAAUGAAAGAAGCCUUCACACCCAUAAGGAUUUAUUUGAGGACAUGCCUUGAAGCAAGACUCAGUGGAUUGAGAAAUGCUCCGAGAAUAGCAGGCAUAACAGUCCCUUGUAUAUUUUCGGAAUUAGAGGAAACAAUGUAAGGCAGGUCACUAGGUUAAGAAGGCAGGAGAAGCAGAGUGGGGGAAAUCUCGGGGGCAGGAUGAAAAACAAGAUGGAGAGAUACAUGCGGCACUCACGCUGGUGCCUCCUGCAGCCAGGUCAGUUGGCAGGGGGAAAUGGCCACAGAGUUGCUUCCACCCCAGGCUCAGGAGUUCGUGACGUUUGGGGACGUGGCUGUGCUCUUCAGCCGGGACGAGUGGCUGUGCCUGGACUCUGCACAGAGAACCUUGUACCGGGAGGUGAUGCUGGAGAACUACCACAGCCUGGUGUCCCUGGGGAUUCUGUUUUCCAAACCAAAGGUUAUCUUCCAGUUACAGCAAGGGGAAGACCCCUGGAUGGCGGGAAAUGGACUUUCCUUCGGUGCAUGUCUAGGGUGGGAGAGCUUGUUUGAAACCACAUUUUCCAAAGAAGACUAUCAGGAAGUACUGAGUAAACUCAUAGGUGAUGGUACUUUUAACUUCAAGCUGGAGAAAACCUACAUAAAUGAGGACAAGCUGGAGAAGCAGCUAGGCAAAAAGAACAAACCUUUCAGGAAAGUCUCAAUUACCAUAAAAAAAUCCUACACAAAGGAGAGGAACUUCAUAAGUAUUGAACUUGAGAAAAAUCUUGGUCUAAUAUCAUCAGUUAUUAGGAAACCCAGAAUUGUUUCCAGAGGAAGGAAACCCCAUUCACAGCAGUAUUCAAUUCUAUUUAAACAACUGGGAGUCAGUACAAUGCGAAAAUGUUACAAAUGUAACAUAUGCGGAAAAAUCUUCCUCCACAGUUCUUCCCUGAGUAAACAUCAGAGAAUUCACACUGGAGAGAAGCUCUAUAAAUGUAAGGAAUGUAGGAAAGCCUUCAGCCAAAGCUCGUCCCUGACUCAGCACCUGAGAGUUCAUACUGGAGAGAAACCUUACAUAUGCAGUGACUGUGGAAAAGCGUUCAGUUUCACUACAUCUCUCAUUGGACAUCAGAGGAUGCAUACUGGAGAGAGACCCUAUAAAUGUAAUGAGUGUGGAAAAACAUUUAAAGGUAGCUCAUCUCUUAAUAAUCACCAGCGAAUUCACACAGGGGAAAAGCCCUAUAAGUGCAGUGAAUGCGGGAGAGCCUUUAGCCAGUGCUCAUCUCUUAUUCAGCAUCAUAGAAUUCAUACUGGAGAGAAACCAUAUGAAUGUAGUCAGUGUGGGAAAGCCUUUACUUCAAUAUCAAGGCUAAGUAGGCACCAUAGAAUUCAUACUGGAGAGAAACCCUUUAAUUGUAAUGAGUGUGGGAAAGUAUUCAGUUACCACUCAGCUCUCAUUAUACAUCAGAGAAUUCACACAGGUGAGAAACCUUAUGCAUGUAAAGAAUGUGGGAAAGCCUUCAGCCAAAGCUCGGCUCUCAUACAACAUCAAAGAAUUCAUACUGGAGAAAAACCCUACAAAUGUAAUGAGUGUGGAAAAGCUUUUUCCUGGAUUUCACGGCUUAAUAUACACAAUAGAAUCCAUACUGGAGAGAAACCAUAUAAUUGUAAAGAAUGUGGAAAAGCCUUCAGUUCCCACUCAGCAGUUAAUACUCAUCGAAAAAUUCACACUGGAGAGAAACCGUAUAAAUGUAAUGACUGUGAAAAGGCCUUCAACCAAAGCUCAGCUCUAAUUCAGCACCAGAGAAUUCAUACUGGGGAAAAACCAUUUAACUGUAAUGUGUGUGGGAAAGCCUUCAGACAAAGUUCAUCCCUUAUGACACACAUGAGAAUUCAUACAGGAGAAAAGCCUUAUAAAUGUAAAGAAUGUGGGAAAGCUUUUAGUCAGAGCUCUUCCCUUACUAAUCACCAGAGGACUCAUACUGGAGGAAAACUGUAAGUAAAAUGCAUGUGGAAAAUCUCAACUGAAGUUCAUUCCAUACUGAAUAUCAAAGAAUUCAUCCUGGGGAGAAAGUGAUAAAAAGUACUUAAUUAUGGGUUAAACUUCAGAAUAUAGAUAUGAUCAGAUAUCAGAGACUACAUGAUGCAGGAUAACCUUAGGAAUAUUAGGAAAGUGUCUAAAAAUGAUUUUUGUGUAUGUUCUUAAGUUAUUGACUAUAAAAUAGAGCAUUUGUAAAUUAAAGGGUCAGUAUUUUUUUUUCUUUCUGCUAAUGUGUGGUAACAGUCAGCAGGUUUCACAAGCAUCACUGGGAAGCAUGGUAACCUGUAAAAGUGCAGGCAUAAAAUCUAAAUUUCAGAUUAAUUUGGAAACCUGUUUUUUAAAAAUUAUAUUUAAGUGUAUGCAAGCCAGUUGUACUAAGAAGAAUGUUUUGGAGGGGAAAUGUAAGCAGGUGACCUCUAGCUACCUCAACUUUCACUAAACAUGCCUUUUUAUUUAAAAGCAACUUCUGUACUUGGUGGUUGUUAAAACUUUUGGGUUGUUUCUCCCCUGUUUUCUAAGCCAUCCACUUGAAAAGAAAAUUGUGCAGGUAUGUAGUCUUAUGAGUUUUCUUCCUGACUACUUGUUUCAAACUAUAAAUCAGAUAUAAAGUCACUUUAUUUUAGGUCACAAAGUACAUAGUAUUUUACUUGUUUUCUUGUAAAGUAAUUAUCUUUGCUGUAUUAAGUUGAAAAAGGUUCAGACAACUGCAGCUUUUGCAAGUUAAUCUACAACUCUUGGCCCACCAGGCUUUGCCUGUUUCCUGCACAGGAACAAUAUGGGACCUGGGUAUCCUCCCUGGUGCUAAAGUGAGCCAGGCACCUUUCUGUGCCAUUGUGUGGUGCUUGCUCCCUCCCUGCACUCCACAGGUCACUAGAAAAAAUCAGGCUCUAAGUUCUGAUGCUUUUUUCUACAAAAAUGGACUAGUACAUCCUUCAACAAGUAAGUCUACUUAAGCAUUUCUGAAAUGUAAUUUAAGUUAAAAACAGUUAUCUCACAAGUCAGACUAAAAUUAUUGACCUUUACAGAAGCCAACAUCAUCUAGUUAUGCCUAAUUUAUCAGGAGUAGGAAGCACUUAAGGACUGAAGUACCCAUUUUGUUUUUUUAAAAACUCAGAAGAGGUGCUAUUGGGGGUGGAGUGUAAGCAAAGCAAAAAUAAUUGAAUUCAUUUUCUGCCUCCUGGGAUCAUUUAAUCUUAGUGUUUUAGGAUUGUAAGGAACAAACUUUCCUGGGUUAUUAAUGCUUUGUCUGCAAGGCCCUUCUUCCCACCACCAUUCUUUCUACAAAAAUAUAGCUUCUCUGCCUUAGUAAUGCAAUAACAAAAUGCCACAGACUGGGUGGCUUAUAAACAUUCCUCACUAUUGAAGGCUGUCACUGUUGAAGUCCAAGAUCAAGGUACCAGCAUGGUUGUGUUCUGGUUUAGGCCCUCUACCAUCUCUAUAGCCAGUGCUGGCCGUGUUCUUACAUGAUGAAGGAGACAGGUGGGGCCUUUUAAAAGGACACUAACUGCAUUCAUGGGGGCUCCACCUCAUGGUAAUCACCUUACAAAGGCUCUGUUUUCUAAUGCCAUUGCUUUUGGGGUUAGGAUUUCAACAUACAAGUUUUGAAGGGAUACAAACUUUCAAAAAAAGAUUUUUUAGACAUAGAGGAAGAGAGGGAGAGAAACAUAGAUGUGUGCAGUUGGUUGCCUCUUGUAUACAUCCUCAGCCAGGGACUGGGCCUGCAACCAAGACAUGUGCCUUGACCAGGAAUCAAACUGACCUUUCGUUUUGCAGGAUCAUGCUCAAUUAAGUCACACUGGUCACAAACUUUUAGACUUCAGCAUUCCUCAAGUAUUAAUAGUCCCCAAAUCAGCAAGCAAAGAAAAACCUACCAUACACACACACACACACACACACACACACAACACCCAACUGGUGUGUUGUGUGUGUGUGUGUAUAUGCAUUUGCAUUUAUAUUUAUAUUUAUAUUUAUAUAAAAUACUAGGUCUGGUUAUUUUUAGGGUGAGGUGUAUCGAACUUGCAACAAUAUAGUUUAAAUCUUAUGCAAAGUCUUCCGGAGGAGAAAGUAUAUUAGCACAAUAACUUUGUAUACACCUAAAUGAGACAGGAAAGCACAAGAAAGGAAAAUUAAGGCCAAUAUCCAUGAACAGAAAGUAAAAGUCACAAACAAAGCUAGCAAGUACCUAAGCGCAGUUUAAUAUAUAAUGAUAAAUGUAGGUAUUUUUCAUGGGAAUGCAUGGUUUCUUUAGCAUUUGUAAACCUGCAGUUGCUAAAGCACUGCCUUAAUAGGUUAAAGGAGAGAAAUCUGUUCAUCAAAUGCAGAAAAAGCAGCCAAAAUUCAGCAUCCACCCAUGUUAAAACUUAAUCAGUCCUGGCCACCACAGGAGCAGUGGAAGCUGUGUGCUCAUACCUGAAGCCCCAGAGGUGGUGCAUGCCCGGACCUGUGGCCUGGUGGCUGCCAGUCUGGCCCCAGCAGUGGAGGCUGAGUGCCUACCUGCACAGCCCCUGGGGUGGAGCACUCCUGACCCCUCCACCCAGAGGCACCGUGCACCCGACCCCACGACCCUGGCUGAAGCAGCAGAGGAGGCAUGC